AUGGCCAAAUUCUUGAUCGUUGCCUUGGCGUUAAUCGCAACAGUAGCAGCAAGGCCUGGCUACAGCGGCGGAUACAGUAGCAGCGGCGGAUUGGGCCACAGCGGAAGCGGUUUUGGCGGUGGUCACGGCGGAAGUGGUUUUGGCGUUGGAUUUGGCGGCGGUCACGGCGGAAGCGGAUUUGGCAGCGGUCACGGCAGCGGGUUCGGAGGCGGGCUCGGCAGCGGCUUUGGCAGUGGGCACGGCGGCAACUUUGGCAGCGGACAAGGCAGCGGUUUUGGAAGCGGACAUGGCAGAGGUUUCGGUUCUCACGGCGGCAGUAUCGGCGGCGGCUACGGAUUGGGCGGUGGCCACAGCAGCGGCGGAUUCGGACACGGACAUUAC